CACCCCCGAACCCGGGAAAGGGGCGGGGCGACUGGGUGGGGGAGGGUCGGCCGUGAGCGAAGGCAACCUCUGAGAUAGUUUCCCCCCGUCGGGGCUGCGCUGAAGCCGGAGACGGAAUGAAGGCUCGGGGUUUUCCCCUUCAGGCGGGGGGGCGGCCUUCCCGAGGAGCCCCGCAGCCCCGAGGCUGAGCGCUGGCGCUUCCGCAGCUGCGUCUCCCGGGAGGCCGAGGGGCCCCGGGCGCUUUGCAGCCGCCUGUACGGGCUGUGCCGGGGGUGGCUGCGGCCCGAGCGGAGCAGCAAAGCCGAGAUGCUGGACCUGGUGGUGCUGGAGCAGCUGCUGGCCCUGCUGCCCCCGGAGCUGGCGGGCUGGCUGAGGGAGUGCGGGGCCGAGAGCUGCGCCCAGGCAGUGGCCCUGGCCGAAGGCUGCCUCCUCGGCCCCGCAGCCGCCCCGGAAAAGCUGGCAAAGGGCCGGCAGUUGCAGGAGCCAUUCGUUGAGGAGAUCUCAGCAGAGCUCCAGGGAAGAGGAGAUCCAUCCAAUGAUUCUAAAGAGCUUCUUUUCAGGAGAAUCCAAUUGGGGCCACCUUGCCAGGACUCUGAUCCCUUUGAGGAGGUGGCUGUGAACUUCACAGAGGAGGAGUGGGCACUGCUGGAUUCUAGCCAGAAGGCCUUGUGCAGAGAAGUCAUGCUGGAGGUUACUAUGAAUAUGGCUGCUCUGGUCUGCUUUACUUGUAGGAGUCCUCGACCACCCUCUGCUCUUGGAAGUCGGAUUGAGCGAAGUCGCAGACCAGCGUUCCUGGGUGAGCUGACAUCGUUACAAGGUAAGCAUACAUUUUUAUACUUUUCUGUACAAAGGAAUUUCUUUGUUUCUUUUGUUACUUUUGUGUGUCUGUCUUUUGUGUGUGAGUUCGUGGAUCACCCUGUGUUUUCUUAUUAUACUUGAGAUUGGGUGGUGUCUUAGUUAUUUGAUUUCGCGUCCUUUUGUUUCCUUCUGCUUUCAUUAUUUUUCCUUUUGCCCUAAGGUGAUCAUGUUGUUAUCAAUUAAGCCCUUACUCCCAGCUUGGCUCUUAUCAGAUUGCUGGGGCUAUUGAUUAAAUCUUUUCCUUUUGCUAAUCCUCUGCCAUUCCUUUUGUUUUGCUCUCCUAGUUUCUGCUGCCUUGAUAGUUCCUUUCCUGGCAUGUCCUGAGUCUUUUGUGUGUGCCAUUUCCCUGGCUCCUCUUUUGUUCCUAAAUGGCCCUGAUGUUCAUGUGUUCUAUUUUGGGAAGGUCAUUUUCCUAUGCCUGUGGCCUUUGCCUCUCUGAGUUGAUUAUGUCCUACUGGUCCUGGCACUGUCUUGGUGGUGUUCCCCUCCUACACAGGUUACGAAUAAGGUAAAAUAUUUGGGGAUACAAUUGACAGCAAGGUGCAGUUCUCUUAAGGAAAAUAAUUAUAACAAGGUUAAACGACAGAUAGGACAAGAUUUGGAAAAAUGGGGAAAUCUGCAACUAUCUUUGAUUGGGAGAAUUGCAACCAUUAAGAUGAAUAUUUUGCCUAGAAUGUUUCAGACAAUUCCGAUAAAGUUGGAUAAGGAUUUUUUUACAGAUUUGAAUAAAAUGAUAUUGAAAUAUAUUUGGCAAGGGAAAAAGGCAAGAAUAAAAAUUAAGUUGUUACAAGAUGCUAAAGCAAAGGGUGGUUUCGGUUUACCUAAUUUUGAAUUAUAUUAUCAAGCAGCUAGUUUAAUGUGGAUUAAAGAAUGGGUAACAUUGAAAAAUACUAGGCUAUUGAAUUUGGAGGGACAUGAUUUGUUGAUGGGGUAGCAUGCUUUUUUAUGGUACAAAGGAACUAAAAUACAGGGGUAUUUUAGAAGACAUCAGAUACAUGUCGCUUUGCUUUUGAAUUGGGAGAGGAUCAAAAAAUAUCAUUAUUUGAAGAUUCCAGUCUGGGUAUCUACAACUGAAGCUUUCUCAUACCCAGUAAUAUUCAAAAGGGAACAAAUUGUUAGAUAUAGUGAAUUAUUGGAUGAAAAGGGUGAACUUAAAUUAAAGCAAGACUUAGAAGAUCAGGGAUUUAAGAUGGAUUGGUUUUCAUAUAUGCAAAUAUUUUCAAGAUAUCGAGAAGAUCUCAAACAAGAAGGUUUUUAUAGAGUUUUGAUUACCUUAGAUAAGAUAUUGAUGGGCUCUGAUGAUCAUGUAAUUAAAAAGUUAUAUGGACACUUGCUAGAGGCAAAAUUGGAAGAAGAACAAGUUAAAGAGUCAAUGAUAGCAUGGGGAAAAAAAUUUAGUUAUGGUAGUACAAAAAUUGUGGUCACAUAAUUAUAAAAUGAAAAUGUCUACAGCAUAUAAAGAGAAUUUGUAUAAGAUGUUUUACAGGUGGCAUUUACCCCCCCCCCCCGACGAGGAUAGCCAGAAUGUUCAAGAACAAAUCGGAGAAGUGCUGGAAGUGUCAUCAGACCCCAGGAUCUUAUUACCAUAUGUGGUGGACAUGCGUAGAAGCAAAAAGAUUUUGGACUAAGAUACACACAUGGUUGGAAAAAAUGAUAGACAUAUUGAUUUUAAACCAGAGAUAUUUUUAUUAGGGAUCUUACCAGAGACAUUUAACAAAAAAUUACAAUAUUUAAUUGUGAAUAUAUUAACAGCGGCUAGAAUCGUAUUUGCAAAAAACUGGAAAGGAGAGAAGAUGAUUACUGAUGAAUAAAUUAUUAAGAAAAUGUUGGAUUGUGCCGAAAUGAGUAGAUUGACAUUUGAAAUAAGAGAACAGGAAGACAAACAAUAUUAUUUGAUAUGGGAGCUAUUUUAUCAAUGGAUAGAUAAUAAAGUAUGGAGAUGAGAUAUAUGAAAUGAAAUUUGGAUAAAAUGUUUAAGCACUUGGUUUUUUUUCCUUGUUUUUUGUUUUCUUUCUUAGAGGUAAGAAUAUUUGUCAUAUAAUGAGAAUUUGAAAAUUUUGAGAGCAUGAAAUGAUUUUCACCGAUCGAAAUACUGUCUGUAAGAGUUUGGAAGAAUGAUGUUUUUUAUGUUGUUUCUGUUUAAAAAAUAAAAUAAAAAAUUAUAAUAACCCCCCCCCC